UCCCACAUUCGAGAAAUUGGAGACCGCCCCCACCCUCUCACACGCCUGUUCAUUUCAUUUCCUCAUCCUCUCUCUCUAGGGUUUCCCUCUCAUCCAUCCCCUCUCGCAUCCACAGGCUAAUCUGCUUGCAUUCCCCACCAUCGGCGUGUGCAGAUGGAUCCCUGUGGUGUGGUUUUGAAGCACGGAUCAGAUCUAGGAACUGGAAUCGGGAGGGGUACUGGAAGGGCAGAUCAGAUAGGUGACUUCAUGCCCUUCGCACACCUAAUAAUCUCUCUCCAUCUCGUCUCUGAUUUGGAUGUUUUGUUUUGCGUGGAGACAACAGCAUCUCACGAGAUUGGAAUAUGGUGGUGCAUGUCAGAAUCAGAGACAUUAGCAGCUCAUGGGGUGAAAAGUGCAGGUUCUGAAUCAGAUUCCGAUGCAAGGAGCUUUGUUGACAGUGGAAGGAUCUCUACUAGAGGAAAAAGCGCACAUGGUUCAAAGAAACAGGACGUGGGCUCGAUUGUUUUCUAAUGUUUUUGAAGCAGUGGUGAGUGGAAAUCAGAGAGACCCAAAGAAGGGUUGCACAAUA